UAUACUUGUCAUGUUCGUGGUUCGAGGGCGAUAGGUAAAAUAUGGCGGACAUUUCUAAACUUAGUUACGUCGAAUAAGCGCUGUUUGGUGACAUAAUCAAACACGUUUUGGAUCAAUAUUUCUUUGAACAAUCUGAACGCGUUCAGGCAACCAGAAAGCGCUUAUAAAGACCGGCAGAACACGCAUCGAACGUGACGAAAAGAACAUAGUCGAAGACGAUUUCGAAUGGCGGCGCGGUGAUUUGUAAUUGUCCUUUCCAGACGCGAACAUGAGUACAGCAAAAAGAAAGAGGCGCACAAAUAGUCUCAAGGGAUCCUUGAAUCCUUCAAAGCGGCAUCGUGAUCGCUUCAAUAUUGAAUUAGACAACCUUGCAAAAUUGCUACCAUUUCCACAUGAUGUGAUCCAGAAAUUGGACAAGCUUUCAAUUUUGCGAUUGUCAGCAAGCUACCUCAGAGCCAAGAAUUUCUUCAAAGGUCAACAGUGGACGGAGGACAGUCAAGUGGGAAGACUUGCUGAUGGGAAUGGAGACUUUGAAGGAAAUGGCAUUUUUUCAAAACUUCUCUUAGAUGCCUUGGAUGGCUUUGUUAUCGUCCUGACCAGAGAUUUUGAAGUAUUCUAUGCAUCUGAAACCGUUCAGGAGUACCUUGGACUUGCGCAGGCAAGUGUUAUUCAUCAAGAUUUCCUGAGGUUCAUACAUGUGGAUGAUCACGACUUGAUCAAGAAGAAUCUUCAGCCCUUCCCUGAGGACGAGGAGGAACAAAAAAUUAGAAUUCUUGAUGAGGAGAAUGAUGGGGCAGCUUCUGAAAGUGGCAGCACAAAUAGUACAGGAGAUGACCAGAGCAAUAACAAUGCUGUGGAGACAGAGAGGUCUUUUGUUUGCAGAAUGAAAUGUAUUUUGAAUACAAGUGCUGGCUUCUUCAAGCCAUUCAGGUGUAGUGGACGUUUGCGUGAGAUGACACUCCCUGACAGUGAAAGAAGAGAAUAUGGACUCUUCAUGAUCUGUACUCCACUGGAAACAGUUUCUUCUUCAAUGCUUGAGAUUAGACUAAAAACGUCCCUGUUCUGCACCAAGAACCGAAUGGAUCUGAGUUUUAUGGAUAUUGAUCAAAAGGGGAGAUCAUUGCUUGGUUAUCACAAGAGAGAUAUAGCUCUGCAAUCCAGUUAUUGUAUGAUUCAUUUUGACGAUAUUCCUGUGCUUCAGACUCUUCAUAGUGACUUGAUGGGCACUGGAAAAUGUCAGGGAACAUUUCGCAUGCUGAACAAAAACCUGAAGUGGCAGUGGCUCACAGGGACAGCACAGGUUGUCUUCAAGGGAAACGAACCUGAUUUUAUAAUCACAACAAACAGGCCUCUGAGUGAUAUAAUAGGUGAAGAAAUUUUGAGACAGCGAGGACAAUUUCUUGUGUUACCUUUCACGGCAAGUGAUAGUGGAUCACCCAGUCCUCGGAGUCCGAGAAGCCCUGGCAGUGUUAGCAGCUACAGCAAUGGUGGCAGUCCACAUCCAGUUGGAGUACCCUGGGGAGAUUUCUCUGCCACUGGGAACUUUAAAUUCCCAAAUAUGCCACACAAGUAUUCUAGCAAUGGCAGAGUGAAGAAAAAGCCACCUGCUACGGAAGGAAUCGCGAAAUCUCCUGGUAGUGGUUCUCCUUCCCCCAUGCAGGAUGAUUUGUACUCACCUCAGCACCCUGGGUCCCCAUUUCCUGAUGCUUUUUUAAGCUCUACCUCUUGUACUUCUGCACCCCUGUCCCCGCCCUUGCUGGACUUGGGUGUAGACAUACAAGCGGAGCUUGAAAGAGAGGCUCCAGACCUAGACUUCGCACUUCUUGAUCCACAAGAUUUAACAUUAAAUGAUCUUCAUCUUGAACCACUGGAGAAUGUUAACGGCAGUGAUCUUUUGGCUAUGAAUCCACCAACUUAUGAAGAGGCCUUGUUGCUUGCUACAGGUUGUCUUUCACUUAGUGGUGACAACAACAGUCUGACAAGUCCCGAUGGAAGUCAGCCCUCAUUAUCUCAAAGCCCUCCAAAGAAUCUCGAACACUUUUCACCAACACCCCAAAUGGGCCCAUCACCUUAUCCAUCACCAGGACAUCCUACAUCGCAUAAUUCACCCAGUGGUUUACCAACUCCUGACCCAUCCCCUGUGGGGCAUUGUAAUCCAUCAACAGCCAGAGUCAACAUCUCCUGGCAGGGGAUGGGCCAGAUGAAAGUGUCCACUCAGCCUCUGCAACAUUGCCAGCCUCAACCAUCGCCACAAGUGCAUUCAAAGUCGGCACUUAUUUCUACAACAAUAAAAAAGAAAGAGAGGCUUGAGAUGUAUGGUUCAAGUUGUGUCACAGGUCAACCUGCUAACCCUAUGACAAGUCCCAGGGGAAUGCAAAAUGUUCAUGGAAACUGGAUGCAGCAGAAUCAACCACAAGUUCCCAGAAACAUGCCGCAACAAGCCUAUGACUGGAAAGCAGCACAAGCAAUGCAACACAGCGCAAUGCAGAAUUUUUCUGGGGACAGAACUGCCACAGCCAUGGCCCAGGAAAACCCUGUUUAUGCAACAAAUAUGCAAGGAGGAAAGUGGGACAAUGUAACGGUCCCUCCUCUCUUUGAGGACACUCUGCCAACUCUCGAUUUUGAUGGUGGUGUAGGAUACAUGAAAACAGGACAAAACAUUGGAGGAGGUCAUCUUCAACAUCACAACUGGGAGCCACCUGUGGACAUUUUAUCGCCACCUUACCAAGAGGACUUUCAUCCAGGAUUUGGAUUUCAAGGAAAUCCUCUCCCUGCUACAACAACGCAAGGUCAAACAACCCUUGGAUGGGGAUAAGAGAGGUGCAAGGUAGCAUUAAAGUAAAUACUGUCCAUAGAUUCAACAGCCAGGGUAGAGUUUCAGUCAAACCUACCAGUGGGCAUUAGGGCAGUAAAGCCUGCAUUGAUUUGAUCCCCAAGUUUUCACAGUUUGUAUUGACAGAAGGGCAAAUUGAACUGACUUCAGAGCUUUAGAGUUGACGAAGUAUGUUUCGUGGAUAGAUGCAUUCCAGAUUUUUAGGUGUUUUGUUCAUGGAAAACAACUUCUUAACACAAUGGCGAUGGCAUUAGAGUGUCAUCUUACCAAAUAUUUAAAGAGAAUGAGCAGUUUUGUACAUUUUCUCAGUAGGGUUAUAAGUAUGUUAAAUGGUACUUUCAAUCAGGUUAUAGGAGCCGAGUGCAUUCAUGGUAUCAGUUAUUUCAUUGGCUCAAAAUGUUAUACCCUGAAUGCCAAUUUAGCAGUUUUCAUCUGAAAACAACUAUUUUGCUUAAGUGUAUUUGUUGGUGUAGCUCGAUUUGAGGUACAACUUUUAGCCAAGUAACCAUAAUUACCCAUUUCAUUGCACUUGCAACAGUAGGAAAUCUUAGUCUGGUCAGUUCAAAUUUUAACGUGAAAAAUUUAAAAAUCUCUCAUAUAGUGAUAGAGUGAAAAGUAAGGAAAAGUUCAAAAAGGUAUGUGACUUAAGUUUCUAAAAUUGAUCGUUUUAAGAAAUGAGCCUCAUUGUAAGCUGUGUUCGUUAGUUUACCAAGUGAGCAUGUAAAGACCUUUCCCAGCAACUGGUUUUUGGUGUCACUGUUGAGAUUUGAGAGGCACAUUGCUCAAAUGGCAAGUGCAUUGGCUCUGGAUCCAGCUGUCCAAGUUCAAUUGCUUGCCUGGGUCAUUGUGUUGUGUUCUUGGGCAAGACGCUUUACUCUUGCAGUGCCUUUUUCCAACCUGGGAUGUGAGGUAGUCACAUUGGGGGAGGGGGCUAGGAAUUCUGUGGGGGGCAAAAGGGAAUCCUCUCCAGGGGGUAUAGAAAUUCCUUGGGGGCACUUGGUGGAACAAAAAACAAACUAAGCUCUAACAGUAUGUGCAAAGUGUGUACCUUUUUGCAAAGAUUUGAGACUUGAAAGCUCAGAGCUGGUUAUUGUACAACUCGAUUCAUGUGAUGUUCUUGUGAGGCUUUUUCUUAAUUUGAUCAAAUUUGAGGACUUUUGCCCUGUCCCCUUUGAAUAUCAGUCAGUGUUGUCUCUGCUUAGAAGAGUAUUGAUUGAAACUAUGAAAUAAAUCUGAGGAUUGUCUAAGAAGGAUAAUUAAGCAAAAAAGGAUGUACUUUAACCACGCUGAGUCUUUUUCCAGUCAUACUUCCAUAUGCGUCCCAUUUGCCUUGUACAUAGAUCAAGGGAAAUCAUUCAGUUUGUACAGUUUCUUUUUUUAUCCACAUUUGGUUCAGUCCUUUGUACUUAACCUAAGACUUCAUGCUUUUUUGCCAUAGACUUCAUGUUUUUUUGCCAUUUUUUAAAGUUUUCUCCUUAUGGAAGGAAACAAUUUUUUGUUUUUAAUCCAAAAGCGAUUGUGUUCCAUUUUUUUUUUCCGAAUCAAAAUUUACACUUUCAGCCCUGGCCUGCAUUCUCAACCAAAAUAAUUUAAUUUGUACAUCAAGGCAAUGUCAGUUAAGGUUGGUUGAAGGCAUCCUUUUUGCAACCUCAAUCCCAGGCAAAGGAGACAGC